AUGGCGCAGCAGGGUGGCAGCAGCAGCAGCGGCGGGAGCAGGAUUCUCAGCGGCGGAAGCAUCAACGUGAGCCCGAUGAAGCCUUUGGCGUCGCUGAAGGUGCUGGUGGUGGAUGACGAGCCAAUGAUACGAACCAUCCACAAGGCUCAGCUGGUUAGAGCUGGGAUCAAUGACGUGGAGGUGGCUGCUAACGGCAAGGACGCUGUUGAUCUUCACGUUAACGGCGCUACCUUCGACCUCAUUCUCAUGGACCUGCACAUGCCCAUCAUGGACGGCUGUCAAGCUACGAAGAAAUUGCGAGCGAUGGGGGUGAAGAGCUCGAUUGUUGGGGUGACGAGUUCGGGUGGCGCGGAGAAAACAGCCUUCCUUGCUUCCGGUCUCGACGACUGCGUUUCCAAGCCCUUCGUCCUCCAGCAGAUUGCCCACUACCUCAAGGUGCCGCGUUCCCCAACGAACCCGCCCAAAUAUCACAAUCCAUAG